CAGACACAGGACCAGUUCUUCACCGACAUCCACAGUGAAAUAGGUAAAUGGAUCCAAUGCAGCCUGUUAAGAGCUGCUCAAUGCCGGAAGUAUCUACUGGAGUUCUUGGUCUCCACAAACCAGCAGCCCUGCUUGGAAACCCCUGCAACCUGACCAAAUCUUCACACUGUCAGUUGGACAUGACUGGAAACUCUCUAGUGUCAGGACAAGCCCAGGCAUUGCAGCUAAACCCAGCUGUUCAAGAAAGAGGCCAAAUAGACUUGGGCACACAGGCCACUAGUCGCAUCAGCAUCAGUCGACCCAGGCCAACGGCAUUGGGGUCCAAGGCAGCAAUCAAAGUCUCCAGAUCUACUGAGCCAAACUUCCUGUCAAACUCCUCAACGGAGUCAUCGUUGCCUUACUACAGCUCCAAAAACCUGCAGCUCAGUCCCACCUCUCAACUCGGCCUUAACCCACCAUCAAUUGCCCCAGCACUUCUAAGCCAUCCAUCACAGCCCAUCCGUGCUAACACACACAAUAACUUCAUCGCCAUACCAAUCCCCAACCCAAACCCCAGCCCGCCAUCAAAACCAAUUCCACAACCAAUCCAAAGCCCAGAACCACAGAUACCCAAUACAGGAGACACUGACAAAAAGCUGAACAAUACCAUAAGCAAGGAGGGUAAUUUUAGGGUGCAUAUAGUCACGUGGAAUGUAGGCAGUGCUAUGCCACCUGAUGACAUCACGUCCUUGUUUGGGCCUGGUGUUGAAAAUGGGAGCACUGACAUGUUUGUUAUUGGACUGCAGGAAGUGAACUCCAUGAUAAACAAGCGACUCAAAGAUGCUCUCUUUACUGACCAGUGGAGUGAGCUUUGCAUGGACACGCUCAGUCGUUUUGGAUAUGUGCUGGUGGCUUCUCAAAGGAUGCAGGGGGUAUUCUUGUUGGUGUUUUCCAAAUUCUGCCACCUUCCCUUCCUCAGGGGAGUGCAAACCCAAAGCACACGCACUGGCCUGGGAGGCUACUGGGGGAAUAAAGGGGGCGUGAGCGCACGCAUGAUGGUUUUCGGACACCCUGUAUGUUUUCUGAACUGCCACCUGCCGGCUCACAUGCGGAACCUGGAGCAGCGGAUGGAGGACUUUGAAAGCAUCCUGCAGCAGCAGCAGUUUGAGGGCGGAGCCGCAGUCGGCGUGCUGGAUCAUGAUGUGGUGUUCUGGUUUGGUGAUCUGAACUUCAGAAUCGAAGGUUUAGAUAUACAUGUGGUGAAAAGUGCAAUUGAAAAUGACAGACUGCCUCUGCUAUGGGAGAAAGAUCAGCUCAACAUGGCCAAAAAAAGUGAGACUGUGCUGGAGGGAUUUAUGGAGGGACCCCUCCAGUUUCCUCCAACAUACAAGUUUGAUGUGGGAACACACACUUAUGACACUAGUGCAAAAAAAAGAAAGCCAGCAUGGACAGAUCGCAUCUUGUGGCGUCUGCGCCGAACAGGUUCUCCUGUGCCUUCCCAUAAUUCUGCUCUGCAGCGGGGUCUGACCUCAUGGCUGGGCGGAGCCACCAGAGUCUCCCAGCAGUUCUACCGCAGUCACAUGGGCUUUACCAUCAGCGAUCACAAGCCUGUAUCCGCCCUCUUCUCUUUGCACUUUCCCUUUAAGGUAAACCUGCCAUUAGUAACACUGGAAGUGGAGAAAGAAUGGACCAAAUUCUCUGAUGCUAUAGUAAAUCUGACGAUGGCAACCGGCUUUCAGAGAAGUUCAUGGGACUGGGUGGGAUUGUACAAGGUGGGAUUUAAGCACCACAAGGAUUAUGCUGCCUAUGUAUGGGCCAAAUCUGAGCAUUCAAUGCAGGUGACAUUCUCCGAGGAGGAUUUGCCCAGAGACCCGGGGGAAUAUAUUCUGGGAUACUACAGUAACAACAUCAACAGCAUUGUUGGAGUGACUGAACCAUUUCAGGUGCAUCUGCCCAUGACCACACCCCCUGCGCCAGUGUGCCGUUCACACUCGGACAGUUCUGACAUCAGCUCUGAGGAUGACAGUACACUGGUCCUGCUGGCCCCAAGUUCUCGCAGCCCCAGUCCGGGCAAACGGCAUCACCACCACCAGAAACGCCAGCGCAGCCGUAGUCCUGCUGUGCCAGCGCUCUCCUCCUCACCUCUUCCCUCCCUUCAGUCUCUCAGCCUCUGCUCACGCCCCCGUGACACCGCCUCCUCCUCAUCCCCGCGCCCUUCUGGCAAAGUCAAAAAAGAGCGUUUGGUUUCUCCAGACACAUUAACCUCACCCUCCCUCAGUCCUCUGAGCCCACGGAGCCCCGGAUCCCCCAGGAACGGAGUCAGCGCUCCGGAGGCUCUGAUAGCAGCCAUAUUAGGAGAGCACAGGCUGGCUCAGAUAGGCAAAGCAGGGGAUGCCAUUCUAUGACCAAUCUCCCAUCUUUCCCAUUCCAUUAAUUUAUAGACUAUAGCAGACAAUGUAAUGCAACUCUAUUUUUUGGAGAAAUGGUCUCCAUUUUACCGCUUCUACAGAUAGACUUGCAGCUAUCUGCGCUCCCAUUUAUGGAUGGUUCAUAUCUAUGUGCAAUUGGUAAAAAUCAAAUUAGACAAUCUGCUUAAUCCUUUAAUUAUGCAUCAUGCAUAUCAGAGGCUCAGCAGGAGCUUGUCACAACUUGUCACUCUUAAUUGCUUAAUGAACAAUUUCCUCAGUUCUAAGUGAGUGCUUCGCCAAUGGAGGUUCAACUAGUCCUACCCAUUUUCCUUCAUUUAUGAAUGAUAGAUUAUAAUUUGUGUAAGUAAACAUAAAGCAUUCCUCUCAUGCAAACAGUCGGACACUGUCUCUUAACCAGGCAACAAGAAACAAAGGCAAUGGGGAACAUUCAAUUUUGUCAGUCGCUUGGUUUAAAAAAAAAAUAUUGGUCAAAAAUCCCAAUCCAUACUGCAUCAGGGCUGGAUCAUGGUCCUGUAAAGGCCCUGGGCAAACCUCCCAGGACAGACCCCUUAUUUUAUGCUCAGUGACAAUAGUGAUAAAAAAAUAGGAAAGGUGGUUUUGGUUGAGUAAAAUUAGACAACAAAAAAUACAAAUACAAAGACGUUUGAACUUCAUUGAAUGUUGUGUUUGUUCACUGUAGUGUUAGGGAAGCUACUUUGAAACUGUAGCUUCUCAAGCUACAAGCUAUUAAUAACUUAUAGUAGCUACACUACAGUCAUGUUUUAUCUUUAAAAAAAAAAGAAAAGUAGUUAGCUACACUACGAGUUACUAACAAAUACAAAUUAACUGUAUUGAAGCUAUUUAAAAAAGAAAACAUUUUUAAACGUGAGAUUUUACGUGAGUUGUGAGUACUGCUCCUCUGUGCGGAUGAAUCUCAUGGUUUGAGGUUACCUGCUUUGCCUGUGAUCACUUGGAGAUUUUCACCUCAGAGCCUGAGUCAUAACAUGCUAUUUUAAUGUUAAUACUUUUUUAUUUGUUUAAAAAAUGUUAACCAAGAUACUGUAUUACUUGCUUAGAGGAAGAUAAACAACACUCUUUUUUGCAUAGUUUAAUUUGAAUAUUCAACUGUUUUAUCCAAUACAAAUUAAUGUACAAUUUAAGAGGUAAAACUUGUGAUAUGAGUUCAGUAGAAGACACUUUAUUUUUAUAUUACAAUCUACAGCCUCAGUGGAUAAUGCAAGUGAACUGUAAUACUACAAUAGUAGGUCUAUGCACUGCAAACAAUAAGACUGUAUUAUAAAAACACAAAAUGGCAAUUCAGUAAUGAUGGGGAUGAAUAAUACUUUAUUAAAUGUGAAUAUAAUAUGCAGACAUAUGCAAUAUAACAAUUCAAAUAAACAGUUUCUUUGGAAAUAAAGUUAUUAUAGAGAUAAAACUUUCCAAGUAUGCCUAGUCGGAGCUUAAGUGAAUCAGUGAAUCAUUUGUGUUAACUAGUUCAUUUACAUGAACCAUCCCAAUGAACUGACUCACUAAAAUCAAUUGAAGUUGAAGUUCCCAACAUUAAAUAUUAGUGAAUUGUUUAUUUUAACUGGUUCAUUUACAUGAACUGUCCGAAAGAACCAAUUCACUUAAAUUAUUUUGAUUCCCCACUUGCAAUAUAUUAGUGAGAGAGGAUGUUUUAGGUGAGCGUGUUUUGAUAACUCCCUCGGCUCCAUUGCUGCUUUCACAAUACAAUGUGAUAAAUGUUGCAUUUUGUGAAUUUAUAACUCUACCCAUUUAAAAAUGUAGCUUGAGCUACUGUCACACUACUGAAAAAUGUAGUUAGUUAGCCACAUUGCGACUUAGUUACUCCCCAACAUUGGUUCUAAGGGCCCUGGUGUUCAGCUUCCUUUUGCAUUCUUGGGCCAUGCAGCUUGAGGCUUUGGUGAGGUCUGAAGCACUUGCCACUUUUGGUCCCGUCCACAAUCCAGCCUUGUACUGAGUAUGAAAAAUCAAAUAUAUUUUUAUUGGCUGUAAUUGUGGCACUUUGUCCAGUAAUGGACACAGCCCCUUUUCCACCAUCGGGCCGAUAGUGGAAAAGAAGCUAUAGAUAUAGUGCAGCGCAACCUGACUCUUUAGAAUUAAUACAAACAGUGAUGUCAGCCUGCAGCUAUGCCUUUACCAUUAACUCUGCAGUUGUAGAGAUGUCUUAAUGGGUCCAGUUGUGAGUACACGUAUGACAGGGUCGUGUGCACUUGCUUAAGACCACCAUUCCAGAGUUUAGAAUAAGUUACAUAUUAACACCCACCAUACUUUGCUGAAAAAUCUAUCAGUCUCUGCUGAAACAGUACAAACCUUUGACAGGAGCGUCUGACUGAAGACAACCAAUCACAUCAACUCUGCUCAUUUAUGUUGUUUUGUGAUAGACUGAUUUGUGUGAGCCGAUUUGUGUGGUGUGCGUGGACAGUUAGUGACCAUAUUGUCAGUGCAAAAAUAAAAAAGUAUUCACCUCAAGGGCAUGUAUGU